CAACAAGAGAGACACAAAGAACCCCCUCGCACUGCGCUUUCCAAUCCUCUCUUCCCUGUUCCAUUAUUUACUCUAUGAGAUGGUUUUGAGGUGCUCGGUGAUCGACGAGCCUCCGAAGCCUCCGCCGUCGCAGCCGCGGGCGGCGGCGGCGGCAGGGCCCAGCUUCUCGGUCCCCUUCAAGAACCCCGCGCUCCGGUGGGGCAGCACCCGCAUCCUCCGAUGCCAGCUAGCCUCUGGCCACCGCGACACCACCGACCGGCGUCCAUCCUCGGCCUCGCCUCCCCCUCCGGCGUCCCAAACCAAGAACGAUCCUUCCCUUCCUUCCAGUCGCCCGAGGCUCGUGAUCCGCAUUCCCUGCCGGACCCAGCCCAAGAAGCCGGAGAGAGACGGGCCUCCCGCUCUGCAGGAGCGGCGAGAUCGUUGCCUGGAGGCAAGGACGGCGGUCAGCGGCCUGACUGCGGUGGAGAUUGGGAGGCCGGUCUCUGGUCCGGUGACGAGAUCUCUGAGGUCCAGAGCAGGUGCCGAGGGCGACGAGAAGACGGCCAAGAAGGUGAGGCCGGCGGAGUUCAGCAUCUCGCUAUCGAAGGAGGAGAUGAUGGAGGACUUUAUCGCCAUGACCGGCGCCAAGCCCCCCCGCCGCCCCAAGCAGCGGCCCAGGCCCCUCCAAAAGAAGCUUAAUGGGAUCUUUCCUGGGUUGGAUUUGCCGGAGAUUGUCACUCCUGAUCUGUACAGGGUUUCUGAUUCCUCCAAAUGAUUUGGCCUCCGACAACUGGUUUCGUCUCCUUCGGUUUCAGAUAUCUAAGAUUCCGAACUUGUACGUUGGACUUGUUUUAUUUGAGCUGAAGCAAUAUGGUUCCUCCACAUGCCAUAAAGGUGCUUAAACAGGAACCAGAAAACGAAUCUGACGUCUAUGAACAGUUCAUCCGUAUUUCUGAGAUGCUGAGACAAGGUGUAUGGAAAUUUGAUUGCAGAUAUAAGCAUCGAAAUCUAACCAAGUUCAAGGUUAAGAGGAAACAAGGUUCUUCUUAAAGGAACCUGACUUCAAAGAUUUCUUUAGUAGUCACUCUUCCGGUGUGAAAAUUAUCCAUUAUAUUAUUUCAUGUACAAUAUCAUUUUUCCUGAUUAGCUCAGAAAUGAUUUGGCAUAUUUAAGUGUUGCCCUUGUGUAUAUUUUGUGAUCACCAUGUCAGUGUCCAAUAUCUAUAUGCUUCAAGUGAAAACUGUGGUGCACGAUAAGCCUUUCAUUAGUGAAGGCGUUCGAAGAAUGCUAUCUUUCAGAUGUGAA